GAAGUGGUGGUGGGGGCAGUGGUGCUGAUUCUAAAGUGAAGUGAAAGAUAAGAUUUUGGAAACAUUCCGAGCUUUGGAUUUUUGUGAGAACAUUGUGUUGGUGUUGUGGCAGGCAAAAAAUAAGGAAAACAACUCAUCUUUUUGAUGGGUCGUUGUUUUGUGUUUUUGUUGGUUCUUGAUAGCUAAAUAGUUACUACUAAAAAAUACUAGUGGUGGGCAAUUGAAGGUUCUUCUACUUCAGAGGAAUGUUGAUUCCGGGGUUUGUUAAUUGUUUUCUCAAAAAAGGCAAUUUGGAAGUUUUCUUAAAUAUAUAAACAUUUAGAGUGGAGGUAUUUUGAAGAUAAAGAAUUAGUGGAAGGGCGGUGGUGUCUGCGGACAGCAAGUGGGAUUGCCUCUGAUUUUCAGAACUAUAAUUAGCAUUUUUUGCCAGACGCAGAGCUGUUGGUCAUGUCUUAAAUACUAUCAGUAGCGGAUUCAGAAUUUAAAAGACGGUGAGUUCUGAAGAAGUCAUUUCCUUCCUUUUGUUUGCUGAAUUAUUAAAAAAACCGGAGGUGAAGAGAAUUCGUCGGCGAAGAUGAAGUUUAUGAAACUUGGAUCGAAACCUGAUCAGUUUCAGACUGAAGGAGAUAAUAUCAGGUAUGUAGCAACUGAAUUGGCAACUGACAUGGUUAUCAAUGUUGGAGAUGUGAAGUUUUACCUCCACAAGUUCCCCCUUCUGUCGAAGAGUUAUCGCUUGCAGAAGCUGGUUGCCUGUACAAAUGAGGAAAACGGCGAUGAAAUCAACAUCCAUGAUAUACCUGGUGGACCUGCUGCUUUUGAUGUAUGCGCAAAGUUCUGUUAUGGUAUGACAGUAACUUUGAAUGCAUAUAACGUCGUUGCAGCUCGUUGUGCAGCAGAGUACUUGGAAAUGUACGAGACAGUUGAGAAAGGAAAUCUUAUCUACAAGAUUGAAGUUUUUCUUACAUCUAGCAUCUUCAGAAGCUGGAAAGACUCUAUCAUUGUUCUUCAGACCACAAAAGGUUUUUUUCCCUGGUGCGAGGAACUAAAGAUCGUUAGUCAUUGCCUGGAUUCCGUGGCAUCUAAAGCUUCCACAGACACCUCAAAGGUGGACUGGUCUUAUACUUAUAACCAUAAAAAGCUUCUAUCUGAAAAUGAAAUUGAUCUGCACUGCGACGUAGUGAACAAGCAACAGCUUGUUCCAGAAGACUGGUGGGUUGAGGACCUUUGCGAGCUUCAUAUUGACUUGUAUAAACGGGUCAUAACAACCAUAAAAACAAAAGGAAGGAUGUCUGCAGAAGCAAUAGGUGAAGCAUUGAAAGCAUAUGUCAACCGAAGGCUACUUGGAUUCAGCAAGGGUAAGAUACAUGGAAGUGAUCCUGAAAAGUAUCGGUAUCUGGUUGAUACGAUUACUUGGUUGUUGCCCAAAGAGAAAAAUGGUGUUUCGUGUGGUUUCUUGAUCCGAUUGCUGCAAGCAUCUAUUGCAUUGGAAUGUGGACAAACAGUCAGAAGUGAACUGAAGAAGAGGGUCGGGCUGCAGCUGGAAGAGGCGACAGUAGGUGACCUUCUAAUUCGAGCUCCAGAUAGUGAAACUAUUAUGUUCGAUAUUGACCUAGUACACGACCUCAUAGAGCAGUUCAUGCUCCAUCAAAAGAAUGGUCAGAUUGAUUGUCCAGCAGAUAAUAGAUUCCAGGAUAUACGGCCUGCAUUUGCAUCAGAACGUUCCAAGGUUAAGGUGGCUAGGAUAAUUGAUGGAUACCUUGCUGAAGUUGCUAGAGAUCCAAACCUACCUCUAUCGAAAUUUGUCAAUCUUGCAGAGUUGGUAUCUGGUUUCUCCAGAUCAUCCCAUGAUGGAAUUUACCGUGCUAUCGACAUGUAUCUUAAGGAACAUCCCGGGAUUACCAAAAGCGAGAGAAAAAGAAUUUGCAGGCUGAUGGACUGCAGGAAGCUAUCAGCUGAGGCCUGCAUGCAUGCUGUGCAGAACGAGCGCCUUCCUUUGCGUAUAGUUGUACAAGUUCUAUUCUUUGAGCAAGUAAGAGCCACAACAUCAUCCGGCGGUGGCAGCACUCCCGACCUAACUAGAUCAGUUAAGGCUUUGCUCCCGGUGGGAUCUUACGGGAGCUCCACGUCUGUUACAUCCAACACCGAGGAAGAUUGGGAUGCUGUGCCCACAGCAAAGGAACUUAAAGCUCUGAAAGGUGGGCUUGCUACUCUAAGAUUGAGAGACAGGGAAGGUAACAAUGGUAGUGACUUGAACGACAUGAAAACAAAUGCGGAAAAAGUUGAUACUAGCAAAGUGAAGGGUUCAAUCAUAUCGAAAAAAAUGUUCUCAAAACUGUGGUCAAAUAAAGAUAGACUAAGUGAGAAUAGCAGCUCGGAUACAUCAGAAAGCCCAUCAUCUUCAAAUGCAGGGGAAACAAAGUCUACCCCAUGUAGAAGUAGGAGGCAAUCUAUGUCUUAGUAUUAGCUGCAGAGCAGCCCCAGGGCUUUGGUUUGGUAAUAAGAGCACAGUGUGUGAUCAGUGGGUUAGACGCACGUCACGGAUUCGAUUCCUGUCGCGAACUAAAGCCUGGUAUUUAAGUGGAAGAGAGUAGCGGGGCGCACAAUGUGUGAUCAGGGCGUUAGACGCACGUCACGGGUUCGAAUCCUGGCGCGAACUAAAGCCUGGUAUUUAAGUGGAGAAGAGUAGAGGGGUGGUUCAUUAUUCACCAAGUUUCGAGCCGUGUGUCUGCUGGUCGUUGGAGAUUUCUCGAUUAUCAAAGAAAAAAGGAUUAGCUGCUGAGCAAACGAAGUUUUCCUUAGCAUGUUAAAUGUUUCACUGCCUGUUGACACUAGGAUUGUAGAACUAAACUUAUUUAAUUCGAAUGUAUUUGCAAGGUAGAUCAGCUUAGGACUGCCACUGUAUCCUCUAAUUUCUAGUUUUUCCAAUGAACUCUAUAAUACCAAGAUGUAUAGGUUUUCACUACGAUUAUAGGCUAUCUUUUGAAGGAUUAGAAUUGGAUUUGGACUUGUGUUUUAGUUC